AUGGAAAAUUAUUUAAGAGACUUGGAGAAGGGAAUAGUUUUUCCAGACACUAUUGCAAGUGAUUUAGUUGAUCGAGUAUCUGAUCGAAUAGGAUAUUUAAUUCAUAACCUAAGCUGUGUGCUAGCUGUUGUAAUGUCGUUUUUACUUGGAUUUGAAUACGAUAAAGUUUGGAACAAAGUUAAAUUAAAAAUCGAUGAUAAGGGCAUAUUAAGAAUAUCGGUUUUAGUCGUUUUAUUUUUUCUUCUACCAGCGCUUUUAAUAUUUAUCCUGUUGAGUUUGAUUUAUAAGAACAUAUGCUCUGUGAUUAUUAAAGGAAAAGAUGAACAUUUUGUAUCAUUUCUUGAAAGUUUUGACGUGUUUUGGAGUUUAGAUGACGCUAACAAAAACGUCAUUGAGGUUCUUGGUUUUAUAGAAGCCGACUCUCCAGAUGCAUUAAUUUUGAACAUAAGAGAAAGACUCAAUCAUUUAGUAGGCAAUGCAGCAGUAGAAAAGAUAUUUUAUAGACGUCUUGAACAGUUUGGGCUCUACUACUGGCAUAGACCCGACACUGUUGAUGUUUCACAAUAUGUAAAGAUACUUAAGAUUUCCAAUACAAGCGGGCUUAGUAAACGCGAUCUAGAAACCAUCAUGACUCAAUUAUCUGAAGAUGCUUUGCCAUACGAUGGUGAAGGUCUCUUUGAAAUACUGGUAGCCGAUAUUCAAAUAACAGAAGAAGCAUUUUUAAAUAACUACGCGAUAAUGUUUAGGAUACAUCAUUCAGUUGGUGAUGGCAUCGCUUUGAUAGAGUUUUUAUGUAAAAUUUUGGCUGAUGAAAGUGAUAUAAAUUUAUUCAAACCUCCAGAAGUUUGCAACCUGAUCGAAGAGAAUUUAGCAAAAGAUUUAGUAGAUUUGUUGAGCAAACUCAAGGAAAUAAUCAUGUGCACAGUAGACGGAGUAAUACGAAAACCUGACCUUAAUUCAUUGCAUGGGCCAAAACUUGAGGGCAAGAAACAUUUUAAGUGGAUUGAUACCAAUUAUAACCUACUGGAUAUGAUUAAGGAAAUUAAAGAAUCCCAGAGUGGUUUAAACUUUACAGAUAUAUUAGCAACUGCAUUAUCCUCUGGAUUACGAGACUAUUUUUCUCAGACUAUGCUUUACGUACCGGAUGAUGUAGCAGUAAUAAUUCCUAUAAGAUUGAGUGAAUCUGAUAGGAUAUUGAAGAACAAUUUUACAGUUACCAUACUGCCACUACCAUUGACAGGUGAUUUAAAAAUCAUCAACCAAAGUUGUAAUACGCUGCGCAAGAGUCUGGACCCUUUAACGAAUCAUUAUCUAUUAAAAUUGUGUAACAUUUGCCCGAAAUGUAUUCUGGAGCCAGUUUUCAAUAGUAACCAGGCGACGAUGGUUUUUAGCAACAUUCCUGGUCCAAAAAGCUUAAGCAUAUGUGGCUGCGCGAUGCAAUCCAUGGUAUUCUUUGUACCAAAUAAGGGAUCCACCGGUGUGGGAGUAACUGCACUCUGUUAUGGCGGCGUUCUUAGAUUUGCCAUAAUGGCUGACUCCGCACUUCUGUCAAAUCCUGAAGAUUUGUCCAUAAUAAUAAAUGGGAUGGUGCAAAAAAUUGGAUCAUUACACAAAGACUACGUAACGACAUAA